AUGGCGUCGCACAAGGUCGUGUACAAGUCCACGGGGUGCCUGCCGGGCAGCUCGGCGGUCAAGAGUGUGCCAACCGAUGACCUCGUCAGGCUGACGUAUCGUACCGCCUACAACACAGGAGUGGCCGGCCGUAUCCCAUGCUCUGAAGAUCGAGGGGAGAAUUUCGCCGGCAUCCACAACAUCGGCCGGAAGGAAUCUCCCUACAUGAAGUUUCAGAAGAGCACCGCCCCGCUGCUCGACUACAGCGCAGUCAACAGCCGCCGGGACUUCACCGAGCACCCGCUGGGCGACAACAAGGUCAAUGCCAUGCUGGCGGCCAGCUUUAAGGCCGGCUGGAAGGGGAAUGCUGCUGGCUCCAACGCAGAGAUGCCGAAGACCAGCUACUACCAGGACACCUUCGAAGGUUACACUGGUAACCGUCUGAGAUCUGCCAAGAUGAAGAGUGUGAAGCCCACGAACGCGAGGACACACACCAUCACAGGCAUGACGGACUUACUGGAGACGCGGCCAUUGUCACACGUCAGCUACCAUGCGCAUCCACAAGAUUUGGCGAAAGCAGGCCAGAUCCUGCUUCCAAAGCCCAACCUUGGCUUCAUCUCGAAGUGGGAGGGCCCGCCGGAGAAGAGCAGCUACGUCUCUGAGUUCGGCAAAGUGAAGCGCAACCACUCGACUCCCACGAUGAGUAUCGGAGAGUUGGAGAUCGGUCGGACAAACGACCUGCUGCCUGCAGAUCACGAGUGCUUCUACAGAAGGCGAUGCAACUACAUGAGCCCUGGGCAGUGA